AUGGAGACAUCGAGAGCCUCGGAGAGGAAGGACAAGAUGGACGGCAGCGGAUUCCCCGAGCUGCACAAGAAACCCUCAGAGACUCCAGCGCCUCACCACCACAUCUUCCCCUCCUUCCACACCCCCAUCCCCAUCGACAUGCGGCACCACGAGGGCCGAUACCACUACGAGCCGCACAACAUCAACCACAUGCACGGUCCCACAGGUCUCUCGGACGUGUCCCUGAUCCGCCUCUCGCCCUCUGACUCCCCGUUCAGCCCUCCUCACCCCUUCCUCCCCCCCCACAUGGAGCAGUUCCUGCGCCCCUCCCUCUCCAUGAUCUCUGCAGCCAGAGGACUCAGCCCUGCAGAACUGGCCGUGGAGCACCUGAAGGAUCGAGGUCUUUUGCCCCCCCCCCCUCCUGCUGAGUUUUACCACCUGAUGAGUCAUCGCAGCCCUUAUUAUGGAGAUCUGCUGCUGGGGGGGGGAGGAGUGGGGGCCGAAUAUAUCUCCCCCAUGGAGGUCUCUCGGUUCUCGGGGCCCAGACUGACUCCUCGUCUCGGCAGGAAGCGAGCGAUGUCAGUCUCUCCGCUCUCUGACGGCAGCAUCGAUCUGCACACGAUGAUCCGAACGUCGCCCAGCUCGCUGGUCGCCUACAUCAACAACUCUCCCUCCUACGGUCACCUGUCAGUGGGGGGGCUCAGCCCUUCCUUCCCCUUUCCUCACCCCUUGACUCCUCUCAGCUACCAGCACCUCCUCACCCAUCAUCAGAGGGGGGGUCUGGGUGCUUUUGGACACACCCCCCCUCUCUUGCAUCCUCCCUCCUCGUUCUGCAGCCGCCCCCCCCCCUCCGCUCACAGCGACCUCAACACAAAGAACCACGGAGGAGACCCGUCCGUCAGCAGCACCGUGGACCCCGUCGUCACCAAGAGGUCAAAGGUCAAGUCUGAGGGGGCGGGACUUAGGCCGCUGUCUCCCUGUUCACCGAAACACAGAGGGACCUUCCUGGACUUAAAGGAGGACGCUGAGCGGGACGACUUCAAAGCGGAGCCGGACGCCGUGUACGAGACGAACUGUCAGUGGGAGAACUGCAGCCAGACGCACGACACGCAGCAGCAGCUGGUGCACCACAUCAAUAAUGACCACAUCCACGGAGAGAAGAAGGAGUUUGUGUGCCGAUGGGACGAGUGUUCCCGGGAGCAGAAGCCCUUCAAAGCUCAGUACAUGCUGGUGGUUCACAUGAGGAGACACACGGGGGAGAAGCCACACAAGUGCACGUUUGAGGGCUGCUGUAAGGCGUACUCUCGUCUGGAGAACCUGAAGACUCACCUCCGCUCUCACACCGGAGAGAAGCCGUACGUCUGCGACCACGAAGGCUGCAACAAAGCCUUCUCCAACGCCUCGGACCGCGCCAAGCACCAGAACCGCACACACUCCAACGAGAAACCGUACGUCUGUAAGAUCCCGGGCUGCACAAAGCGCUACACGGACCCGAGUUCCCUGAGGAAACACGUGAAGACGGUGCACGGCCCGGAGGCUCACGUCACCAAGAAGCAGCGCAGCGACGUGCCUCCGAGGCCGCCGGCGCCCAAAGAGAACGGAGAGAACGAGGCGGGAAACCGAGAGCGAGUCCACGGGGAAGACAAGAUGUCCGACAACAGCUCCCUCGGUGGCAGAGAGGACUACCUGCACGUCACCUCCAUCAAGACGGAAAACUCUGUGAUGUAUCAGUCCAGCGGUCAGUCAUCAUGUAGCAGCGAACCGUCCCCACUUGGCAGCGCCACCAACAAUGACAGUGGAGUAGAAAUGGCGGCGCCCAGUGGGGGGAGCGUGGGGGACUUCAGCCCUCUGGAGGACCUGGGAUAUGAGGAUACCGUCGGGGGGCUCGCGGUGAUGGGUCUCCACCAUCGAAAGCACUUUGGCAUCACCAUGCAUCUAAAGAAAGAGACGCUGAAGACGGCGAGGGACUCGUGUCGGUGGGCCGGAAACCCAACAGUCCUCGGCACCAAACUGCCUCCCAUCCCAGCAGGGUCCUUGUUUGGUACGGGUGGUGGUCCGGUGUCCUUCCCUGGUUCCGGCUGUGGUGAUCUGAGUAAAGCGACCCUGUUGGAGCGCCGUGACAGCACCUCCAGCACCCUGAGCUCCAUGUACAGCCGCCGAUCUUCAGGAAUCUCCCAGUGUUUCUCCAGCCGGCGCUCCAGCCAGUCCUCCCAGUUCGGAUGCAACCGCCCCAGCUCCAACGACUCCUACGACCCAAUAUCUGCGGACAUGUCCCGGCGCUCCAGUCAGAACAGCCAGUUUGGGGGAGGCAACGGUCCUCUCAGCCUGACCCCCGCCCAACACUACCGCCUCAAGGCAAAGUACGCUGCCGCUACAGGAGGUGCACCGCCCACACCUCUUCCAAACAUGGACCGAAUGAAUGCCCUGUUUGAGGACUACCAGGAAUCCUCCGCUACAAAAAGAGACCGGGUUUCCAGAGAGUAUAACAGCUACUCCACACGGACCUUGAUGCCCCACGAAGUCCCGUCUACCCUCCCCCGUCGAGCCAGUGAUCCAGUGAGACGCCCCGAUUAUCCCACAAGGCCACACAUGCAGCGCUACAACAGCAUGGGCACCCUGACCGGAGCAGGAUCCAGGCAGCCACCGCCUGCAGCAGAUUGCAGACCCCAGCAAGGCUGCCUCCAUCAGGAUGGUAGUCCACACCGAUACCCUUGCAGUAUUUCAGAGAAUAUACCCGUUGGGAGGAUAACGGGUGACAUUCCUGAAGAAGGUGUGAUGCAGCCUGACCCAAAUCAAGCCCAUUUUCAAGGUACCCCCAAUCCCCAGCAUCAGCAGUCAUACUAUCAGAGGAGGAUGGCUGUUGUGAGGACCAACAUGAACCUUCCCCAUCAGGUUGUAGCCUCGUCCAACAUGGGUGCAUCUUCACCGAGGGACAGUAAGGUCUCUUUGGGUCAAAUGGACGCCAGUGAGCUCUGCUCCAAAGCACAGGCCAGAGGGAACCUGGCUGUCCUCCAGCAGAACUUUAACGACCUCAGCUCCAACCAGCAGAUGAUGCAGAACCACGUUAACACAACGAGAUGCAAACAGCUGGAACCAGAACAAGGAGAGGGCUGCCUCCAGUUGUCAAAUCUCAAUCUGUCUCCGUGCAGGUUUAAGGAAAGUCUCUAUGAUAGGAACGGUAACUCCACGUAUCCAGUCAAGGUCAACUUGCCAAGCGCUACAUGCAAACAGGAGCCUGUGCACUUAGCUGAUGCUGGAUUUCAGCGCGUGCAGGUCAAAGUAGAGGACUGUGAUGAAUCAAUCAUGAUUUCAGAUCAGCAGAACUGUAACAUGACCUCCCAGAAUCCCUUGCACCUCCAUCCAACGCCACCAACAGGACCUAGACCUCUAACUAGACACCUGUCAGGGUCAAGGCACCAAAGCAAUGCUAACCAGGACGUAGCUUCUGCUUUACCAGGUGGCGUUUUAGGACUUCAUUGCAGCGAGAACUCUGAGGACAAUGCCUUGUUCUACACAGGGCAGAUUCAAGUGUUUGAGCACAAUGGGAACUUUGACCAUCUUGCUUGUCCCGUGGUGAAUGUACCUCUUUUUGAAAGCAACGCAGCGUCGUCCAACAGGGCGCCUGUGGACGGUAGCUUAACUCCGGAGCAGAUAGACUUUGACUGCAUGCUGGAGGACGAUGACGACGACGACGAUCACUCCAGCGUCAUGUCGGGAACUUUGAGUCCAGGGUUGCUCCAGAGUUUUUCGCGGAGUUCCUCCCGUCUGACAACGCCCAGGAACUCUGUGACGUUGCCCUCGGUGCCGCAGGGGACGGGCAACAUGGCGAUCGGAGACAUGAGCUCGCUGCUUUCUGCUCUCGCCGAGGAGAGCAAGUUCCUCAACUCCAUGUCGUAGCAUCAUUUAAUAACAGACUGAUGCGAUCGUGAGCCAAAAAGCCUCCGCUGUGUGUGACGCUUCUUUUUCUUGUACAGUCUUGUGAAUUAUUAAAAAAAAGGCAGAUUUCUAUCCUUUUGAAAAGCCAUAUUUCUGCCUUAGGUAGUAAAUAUGAUGUACAGGUCUGCAGUGAGAUCAGUUUUAAGUGCCUAACUCAGUAUGUCAAUGUGGAGAUGAUCUGAUACCUAACACUUGUUCUGCACUGUAAAUGACUGGAAGGAUAUUUCUCCAUGCAUCGCAGCAUCUCCAGUACAGUGGGCGUCCUCUGUGAGCCUUGUUUGAUUUCCGUGUUGCUGCAGAGAUUAACAGUGACAUCUGAGCGUCGGCCAUCACACCCUUCAUUAUGAACUCAUGCAUAAAUCAGUGGAGCUCCCGCAGCGAGACCAGCACAAGAUCAGAGAGGCGAGCAUGUUGUUUUAUUCUUUUGUACAUUGUCGUUGAAUGUAAAUAUCAUUUGUACAUUUUUAAGAAAUACAAU